GCUGUGAUACCUAGCCAGUUCAGUAAUGGAGGCAGCCCGAUUCCAGAGGCACCAGAACAGAAGUUUGCUUACUUCCAAGGGGCUGGUGAUGCUACAGCUGUCGCAACACAACAGCAAUCUACUGAUGUCACAGCUGCAGCUUUAGGUCAAUUUUACGUGAUGAUGUCCCCACAAGAUGUAUUACAGAACCAAAGGAGUAUAGCUCCCAGAACGUCUUACACGCCCAAAAUGGACGGAAGAUCUCCCAGAGAUGACAGACGUAGAGCUACACACAAUGAAGUUGAAAGGAGGAGAAGAGAUAAAAUCAACAACUGGAUAGUUCAGUUGUCUAAAGUGGUUCCAGAUUGUGCUGCAGAACAAGCCAAGACUGGUGCUAGUAAAGGAGGAAUAUUAUCAAAAGCGUGUGAUUACAUAACAGAAUUACGGACAUCUAACGCCCGAAUGGCAGAAACUCUGAAAGAAACAGAACGUAUUUCUGUAGACAAUGAAUUACUUAGACAACAGUGUGAGGAACUUAAACAAGAAAACAACAUUCUGCGUAAUCAUUUACAACAGCAUGGCAUAGUUCCACCUGAUAUGCCUUCUUCCACCUAA